GCCGUCACCGUCGCCGUCGCCGUCGUCGUUGUCGUCGUUGCUGCUGCUGCUGGACCUGACCCUGGGAUUGUGGUCCCAAUUGCACAUUGAACAGAGACCUCAAAGGUUCAUCAACCAACAUGAGCGCUCCGCCACCACGCCCACCCCCGCCGUACGGCGUGGAGGAGGCCAACAACGAGGCACUGCCGAGUUAUGCUCCUCAAAACGCUGGUGCUGUGCUGCCGGCCCCACCCACGUCGUCCAUGUCGUCACCCAACCCAUCACUCGCUUCCUCGGCCACUGGCCCAGGUCCCAUGACGGUCGCCAUCCCCAAUGUCAUGGGUCCGCCCGCCACAGUAGUUCCGCCCUCGGAGAAAGAGCACGCCUUUGUGUCCAAUGCGCUCGCUUCGACGCUGCCUGCGCUUCAGCAGCGCCUCAACGAGUGUCUCAGCCGUGGCUGCCCGCUGCAAAUCGAUGUCAACCGCAUCCUUGGCCCGUGCACUUCAGCCCAGAAUCGUCAAAGCCUGGCUGAAGAGCUCUUGAAGGAAAAGUCGGGUUGCCUGGCCACCCUCGUGCACACCAUUGAGAAGGCUGCCAUGGAUGGUAGUGUCAAGGCUGACAUUGCCAUGCAGGUCCAGCGCGUGGAGGUUUUGCCCGCUGACGCCAGCGGUGUCACCUUUGCCCAGGGCGCCAUCAUGAUCUUUGUCCGGCCCAAUACGCGCCAUGGAUGCCCCGGCAAGACGGCCAUGCAACAAAUGCUCGAGAUUAGCUUUUUUGCCGAGGAGCGCCGCUUGAUGAAUCUUCUCUUCACUCACGCUAUCCCCGAGCACACACGCCGUCUGAGUGAAACCCUUGGCCACCCAACCAAUAUCACAGUGGAUGCAACGGCCAUCCUCAACUCGCUACCACAAGAAAAGCGCUUGGAGACGGCUCGCCUGAUGGCUACUGAUACGGGCUUCAAGCGCGGCAUGCGUCAAUUGAACGAGGGAAUGGAUAAAAUAUUGGGUUCGGUACUGGACAAACCCAAGACGACGACCGAUCCCAAAAUGGCUGAAAUCCGCAGCCAGCACUUUGCUGCCCCAGUGGUCCGGGCUCUGGAGCGCCUGAAGCGUGUCCAUCCUGAAAACCUGGUUCUUCAGGCUGUGCAAGAGGUGCGCCUGACCUCGACGAGUGAGGAGAAGCGCAUGCUGGUUCUCGACUCGGCAAAUCAACAGAUUGUGGAUCGUCAAGUCCUUCACACUCAGAAUCAGCCUCGCUCUUUGGUGCUGGUCGUUGAACAUCAGCUGUUGAACGGCCUUGCUGGCACUUUCAGUGACGAUGAGGCCAUGGCUCAUGCCGAGGUUUGGACCCAGGCGCAAGAGCGCAACUUGAUCAACUACUUUGUUGGCACAGCACUCAUUAACACGCAGGCUCAGCUGUGCGAGCUCCUGGGUCGCCCCGUGGGCAUCGACGUGGACUGGAACACCGUCUUCCCACAGGGCGGUGAUCCUUUCAAGCGCGCCGAACGCGCGCGCACGCUGGCUGAGAAUGGAGGCAAAAAUACCUCGCUGGCCCUGCAAAAUGCCAUGGCUGAGGUGAUUGCCCAGUCCAACGCCCAGGCGACCUUUGCUGUGAUUGGAGAAAUCCAGAUCCAGCACGACGAGCAUGGUCCAGCUCUCAGCAACGUGGCCGGCAAGGCUGGUCAAAAGAUUUUGUACAAGGUCAACCUUGAUCAGGGUCUGAGCGGCGUCUAUGACCACCAUCAACUGAAGCAAGCUCUGCGUGCCAUGUUUGGUAUCCCGACCCCAGCCAACGAAAAGGGCUUUUCUGGCGGCAUCAAGUCUGUGGCAGCCAGCGUAGAUCGCUGGGGUGAUAAGUUUGCUCGCAGCUUCAACGUCUUUGGCAAGAAGUAAACCUGCAACAUGUGUUCCUUGUGUUUCAACCCCAUUUAAUUGUGAUAAUAUUGUUUCGCAUUUUAUUACAUCGGAUCUACUUUUAUUA